ACAAAAAAGCUCGAGCUCUCUCACACACACACAUAUAUAGAGAGAGAUUUUCGAUAUAGUACUGAUCGAUCUGAACAUCUAACAUGGGCAGAGCUCCUUGCUGUGAAAAGAUGGGGUUGAAGAAAGGUCCAUGGACCCCUGAAGAAGACCAAGUUCUCAUCAACUUUGUCCAGAAAUUUGGCCAUGGAAACUGGCGUGCUCUCCCUAAGCAAGCUGGACUUUUGAGAUGUGGGAAGAGCUGUAGACUGAGGUGGAUUAACUAUCUUCGCCCAGAUAUCAAAAGAGGAAACUUCACACCAGAAGAAGAAGAAACCAUCAUUAACUUGCACCAAAUGCUUGGCAAUAGAUGGUCAGCAAUCGCAGCUAGAUUACCGGGUAGAACUGACAACGAAAUAAAAAACGUAUGGCAUACCCACUUGAAAAAAAGGCUCAUAAAUAAUAAUAAUAAUAAUUCAGAGAAAGAUUUCUCUCCAAAACGACACCGUACUGGCAGGACCAGCAGCAGUGCCAACUCUUCUCCACAACAGAGCUCAUCCUCGAGUGAGUUUUCAACUGAACACGAAACAAGCCAAAACGACAGCAAAGUCAUUGUCGUAAAGGAUGAAGAAUAUGAUCAUCACCAAGUCUCAUCUGGAAGUAGUUCUGAUUUCCCAGAACUCGAUGAGAGCAUGAUCUGGCCGUUGGAUCAAGUGGUCUCGGGUGGUUUUGAUGAUCAUGGUGGUGAUAUGCUACUCCAAAAUGAGUCACUGAUCUUCAAUACUAAUUAUGAUGAUCAAGAUCAAUAUGAUAUGGAGUUUUGGUACGACAUUUUCAUCAAAGCUGGUGGCUCACCAGAAUUACCAGAAUUUUGAUUCGUUAUUAUUAUUAUUAUCAUAAAUUUGAUCGAAAUUAUUUCGGAGCUAGGAAGUGAGUACAGAGAAAUUUCCAACGUUGUAAUUGGCAGUUUUGAACGUUGAAGAGACUAAACGUACGUGGGGGCAUGACAGAGAAAGUUGUCUCUAAUAAUAAUAUCCAUUAUGGUUGACUAUAUAUUUAUCUAGUGUAGCUAGGUCUUUGUAAAAGAUUAGGUUAUUUCAUUUUUUUUGGAAAAUAUAUGUGGACAUUAUUAUUAUUUGUAGAAAUUUUUAUUGACAAGACAAGAACAAUAAAUAAAUAAAUAAAUAAUUAAUAUUGACUUGUUCAA